GCAGACCUGGAGACGGAGAGAGAGAGAGACGAGACGGAGAAUUAAAAGGGAGGAGGAGGUUCAAUUCGCUGGCUUAAUCUGAAGACGGAGCCACCCUGACUCUUUGAGUCCUGGUUGUAACUCUGUUGCUACUGAGAGCCAAACGCGGAUGAUCUUGACUGAUGCGCUUGAAAACUGGACGCUGACGAACUACCACAGAGCCGUAGCAAACACCAAUUUUCUUUUCAGAACCGAGUCAUCGCUCCCCUCUGAUGAUUUCGCUCUCCCCUACUCUUUUCAGACUGUACAGCAGCGGUACGCUGGUGCGCAAUUAAAUCAAGCAAGUGGGAAAUAGUUAUUGAAAUACGCAUUGGCCGUCUACGGGUCUGGUGUCCAAUGCCAAACACAGCCCGAUACCUGUCUGAGAGAGCUCGAGACUUCAGCUUUGUGAGACCGAGUUAGAGGCACACCGUUAUCUAAUUUUUUUAAAAAAUUAAAUGUCUUGUAUUACUUUUGGACAGUAAAACAUUUUUUUUCGACCAGAAGGAUAGGAAUUCCAAAAGGAAACAAGAGCAAAAAACACACGGGGACCAAACACAGUACGCUCCCUCGGGGGGCACUUCUGUUCUACAAAUCCUAAUCAAUCAAGGAGUGAAUUUUUUAAAAUGGAUGUAGCAGCGGAUCAAACAAGGUGGAUGGCGCAUCACCAUGCUGUACUGAGCGGUCAGCACCCGGACUCGCACCACCCUGGCCUGACACAUAACUACAUGGAGUCCACGACACAGCUGCUGCCGCCGGAUGAAGUCGACGUUUUCUUUAACCACCUGGAUUCGCAGGGAAACCCCUACUACCAUAACCCAGCACACGCUCGGGCCAGAGUUUCUUACAGCCAAGCGCACGCUCGCCUCACGGGGGGUCAGGUCUGCCGACCGCACCUUAUCCACAGCCCAGGCAUCCCGUGGCUCGACAGCGGCAAGGCAGCUCUUUCCGCGGCCCACCACCCCAACGCAUGGGCGGUUAGCCACUUCAGCAAGCCCGGGCUGCACCCUGCCGGCUCAGGAGGUCCGGGCGGUUUGUCCGCCGUAUAUUCCUGCAGCAGUACUUCAAGUACUGCCUCGGCGUCUUCGCUCACCCCUGCCUCCCACUCCAGCCCGCACCUCUACAGCUUCCCACCUACCCCUCCCAAGGAUGUGUCGCCAGACCCCGGGGCUGCGUCCCCUUCCUCAUCUUCAACCAGAAUGGACGAAAAAGAGUCCAUCAAGUACCAAGUGUCGCUUGCAGACGGAAUGAAGAUGGAAGGGUCCAGUCCACUCCGGAGCAGCCUGGCUUCAAUGAGCGCCCAAACCCCCUCGACGCAUCACCCUAUCCCGACCUACCCUACAUACUCGCUCCCGACACACGACUACGGUAGCAGCCUAUUCCACCCGAGUAGCCUGCUGGGUGGAUCGUCGUCCAGCUUCACUCCAAAGUGCAAAAGCAAAGCCCGCUCGUGUUCUGAGGGGCGCGAGUGCGUCAACUGCGGUGCCACCUCCACCCCGCUGUGGCGGCGGGACGGGACCGGACACUACCUCUGCAAUGCCUGCGGCCUGUACCACAAGAUGAACGGGCAGAACCGACCCCUCAUCAAACCCAAACGCAGACUGUCCGCCGCGAGACGAGCGGGCACCUGCUGCGCUAACUGCCAGACAACCACAACCACUCUCUGGCGGCGCAAUGCGAAUGGCGACCCGGUGUGCAACGCCUGCGGCCUUUACUACAAACUGCACAACGUAAACCGACCACUGACCAUGAAAAAGGAGGGGAUUCAGACCCGCAACCGCAAGAUGUCCAACAAGUCCAAGAAGAGCAAGAAGGGAGGGGACGGCUUCGAGGAGCUCUCCAAGUGCAUGCAUGACAAGGCCUCGUCCUUCAGCGCCGCCGCCCUGGCCGGUCACAUGUCACACAUGGGUCACCUGCCGCCUUUCGGCCAUUCCGGACACAUGCUGCCCACCCCCACUCCCAUCCACCCCUCUUUCGGCCACCCCCACCACUCCAGCAUGGUCACUGCCAUGGGAUGAGCCCCCCACACACCCCCACUCCACCUAGCGGCUCAUUGCCUCCCCUUCAUUUGCAUGACGCGUAUGAGUGAGCACGUGUGUUCACAGGAGUGUGAAUACGUGAGUGAGGAGUGUGUGUGUGUGUUGAGUGGAGCGGGAAGUAUAAACCUUUAUUUUUGUCAGGAGGAGAGGGGCAGGGCUUGGGACUUUAAGAUGGCACGACGAAUGAUGAAUCAGAGAAGUGGGGGCGAUCAAAGUAAAGAGACUUGUUGAGGAUUUUUUGUUUUCUGUACUAUAACGAUGAGAGGGUGAUAGGAAGGGGACGCCUGUGGUCAUUUUGCUCCCCUUACUGUAAGGGCCAUCUGUAGAAUUCAGGGUGCAAAAUUAGACUUUAUUUUGUGUUUUGUCACUUGGUACCUCCUCAGAUGAGCAGCCAUGAGAUAGAAGAGGGGUUACAGUUACCCAUCAAUCCUCCCAUUAUGUAGCGUCAUCCCUCCAUCAAAGCACUGACCCUUACCGCCCUCCCGAACCCCACCCCAUCACUGUCCCCUCAUUCCUCUCACAACUGCCGCUGCCACCAGGCCCUGGAGCAGAGAGAGUGGGCACAUUUGUAGAAACUGUGAAUAUUGUAAAUGUCUUAGAUACAAAGAGGUGGAUCUGUCAGGAGAGACAGACUGAUUCCCUCCACGUCGUUAAAUAUAUGCUGGAUUACUGAUUACGGACUUCUCCUAUUUUUAAAGGACUUUAUGAAAAAAAUACGCAAACAAAAAAGGUUUAUAAAGCUUAAUUU